UUCAGAGGGCAACAACAACAACAUGUCGACAUCAGAAGAGUUUGCCAAAAUUGCUUCUGAUUUAGAGACGCAGGAAUUAGAGAGUCCAUUGGGGGUAGCAGCUCCGAAUGUGUACAGCCAGCUUCUGGCCAUUUACUUGCUGCAAAAUGAAAUGAGUCAUGCCAAGUUUCUGUGGAAGAGAAUCCCCCAAGCAGUCAAAGCUGCCAAUGCUGAGAUGGGAUUUAUUUGGGCAGUGGGGCAGAAAAUCUGGCUGCGGGAUUUCCCUGGAAUUUAUGAUUCUCUGAAGAAAGACUGGUCAGAACCCAUCAAAAAUAUCAUGACAGCCUUACAAGAAUCUACAAGACAGAGAGCGUUCAUGUUGGUAUCACAGGCUUACUCCUCCAUCAGUGGUGAUGAUUUGGCAUCGUUUGUAGGACUUCCUCUAAAAGAAGCAAUAGAUGCGGCUAUUCAGAGAGGUUGGGAAGCAAAUGCCCAAACAAGGAUGGUUAUGCCCAAAAAACCAGCUCCACCCCCUGAUCCACCAUUACCCAAUGAACAACAGCUAGGAGUUCUGACAGACUACGUCUCAUUCCUGGAAAACUGAUUGGUCAACCAAGUUUUCUGUCUAACUGGACUGUUCCAUUUAUGGAUUGUUCCAUUUAUGCACUGUUGUGGAGAUUGGUGGAGAACUCUUCUGAAUUGAAGUCACACAAAUCAGAUGUCAUCAUUGUGAACUGGUGACUUGUUAUUGGAGUGCAUCACCUGUGGAAUUUUUAGCCGUUCAUGUGUGGAGUGUUUCUCCAUGAGCAGUCAUAAAUUCUGAUUCUGAAUGCAGAGUAUAUCAUCAUAAUCUCAUUUCAACAGCAGAUAUAUUUGGAAUGAACGUCAGCAACAUAGCAGCAGCUAGCGUUCGGGGAGCUCUGUGUGCUGUAACAUCAGGCUGUGAAGAAGACUAGCCAUUAGAAACUCCAAACUGAGAAAAGAUUUCCAAAAGCAUGGAAAACUAACACAGAGGAAUUCUGUGGGAAGACAGACUAUUAUUCUGAUAGCUGAAUUAACAUCUUAAAGAGGUUAUACCAGAGAUUUGGGUAAAACAAAGUCAUCAGCUUGAAACAAUUUAACUUUUGGUAUUUUUUGUAGAAUAGCCCAUAAAAUUGCCUUUCACAAAGUAUCAACCUCGUCUGUACACAUUCUAUCGUUCAGUACUGGCAAUGACGCUCCGAAAAUUCAUGGUGCAGGUUGUAUUAUAGCUUUUUCGAACUUUUAAAUCAUUUUAACCCUACGAAUAAUACAGGUACAA